AACACCUAACCAAGCCCACAGCUAAGCUCCACAGUCACCCACAGCUGAGAAGUGAGAACCAGCUUUCAGAGAAAGUCCGUACAAUUCUUCUUCUUCCUAAUCCUAGGGUUCUUCAGAGAGAGAAGCUUAGGCACUAAUCAGUUUGAAAAGAUGCAGAGUUUGAAGCGAUUGACCCACCAAGCUUCUUCUUCAACCCGAGCUACUCUAUUGGGUGCUCAGCUUUCAAGCCACCAAGACAAGCUCUUUCUUCAUCCUACUCGUCAGCAUUUAGCUCAAAGGUCUUCCAUUCGCUUCCUCGACAUUUACCAGCUGGGAAACAAAGCAGCAAUCGAGAAAGAGCGUGCUCGACUUGCAGAUGAGAUGAACCGGGGAUACUUUGCCGAUAUUUCAGAACUUAACCAACAUGGUGGUAAGAUUGCAAUGGCAAAUAAAAUUAUAAUUCCUGCAAUGGCAGCCAUAAAGUUUCCUGCAUUAGAAGUGAACUACCCUGAUGGUACAACAGUGAAGUUGCCAAAAACUUCCAAUGGAGAUAUUGUUGAUGUGGACAAAUCAGCUAUCCCUAAGGCAUCUUUGCUAUGUCUUUCAUUCCGAGCAAACUCUCAGGCAAUGAUUGAUUCUUGGAGUGGGCCUUUUAUUGAUGCUUUUAGUAAUUCAAAAGACGUUCAGCUAUAUGAGGUAUCAUUUAUAGACUCAUGGUUCUUACGUUUGAACCCUAUUAAGUGGCUGCUUCUUCGGAUAAUGAAAAAAUCUAAUGGAGGGAAGGAUGCUCUUCAGAAGCAGAUUGUAUAUUCAUUCGGUGACCAUUAUUACUUCAGAAAAGAACUAAAAGUUCUGAACCUUCUCACUGGGUAUAUUUUUCUACUUGACAAAUUUGGUAGAAUAAGAUGGCAAGGCUUUGGAUUGGCAACGCAAGAGGAGUUGUCAUCCCUUCUUUCUUGCGCGUCACUUCUUUUGGAAGAGAAAUGAGAAUGAAAAUAUUGACUUCCUUCCCCAUUGGUCUGAAAUCACCCAUGGUUAUUUGCAGUGAUAUUGGCUUGUGAAAAGGAGUGGGAAGAAAGAGUUGUCAUGGUGGCAUUUGUAAUAAGCCUCUUGGCCCAAUGGAUCUGGGGAUUCAGAUCUGUAAGGGGCCUCUGUUUUGUAGCUGUGAGACCUGCAAAUUAGCUUUUGAAAAAUCAACUGAUGUAGAAUAACUUUCAUCUUUAUGAAAUUUGUGGGGAAAAAAAUCUACAAAAUUUACGAUGAGCAGGAAUGAAAUAGUUCUUUAUUCUUGGUCUUCUAAACUUUAUUUCUUUCAUUCCACUAUAAAAGUCAAAUGUAACAGUUUCUUCAUUUUAUGUAAAGUUGCAUUUAAAAUUUUCUAUUACAGUACAUAUGUUACCACGUUAAA